UCACUAUGAGGAAGUGAGCAGGAAGUUGAUGCUGUGUUCAUCUCUGAGAGCAAGAACAGAGACUGAGAGAGACAGAGAAGCACGAUGGCUGCAUUCACAUGGAUUCAAAUGUCUUCAUUACUGAUACUGAUGCUUCAGUUUAAAGGAACAACUGAGCAACAACAAACUGUUCAAACUGUCACAGCUGGACGUGGACAUGAUGUUACUCUGCCUUGUGAAAAUGUGAUACAAGGUGAAGAGCUGGCACCAAAACCCACAACAUCAACAAUUAAAGUAACAUUAAAAACAACAAACAUAUGGACAACAAAAGAGGAAGUAAAGACAUCAGAGGGGACAUUGGCAACAAUCAAUCCAGAUUUUCUGUAUUUGUUGAGAUGCAUCAUUGUGUCUGUGGGUUUAGCAGCUCUCUUAAUAUCUGCUGUUACAGUCAACAUGUGGAUAAAAUGUAAAGGAGCAUAAUGAUGAGGGUGAAGAUAGAUUGAACUAUGAAAAUAUUGGAGACUCUUCUGCUUCUGUCAGACUCCACUGAUCAACAACUCAAACAUCAUCUCAUCACAUAAAUUAGCCCAUUGCUGUUGAAAACACUGUGUCUGUGUCUGUGUGUGUCUGUGUGUGUGUGUGUCUAAGUCUGAGACGUGCUGAGCCUUGACUCUUGUGCGACACAGUUGCGGAGGUGAGGGGGCCUUAGGAACAGUCCUGUGAUGAUGUGUUUUUGUAGCGUCUUAGCCUUACGAUCAAGUCUGAUUUUUUUUUUGACACACACACACACACACACACACACACACACACACACACACACACACACACACACACACACACA